CAACUACCCAACAACUGAGAAAAACAAACCCUCAUUUUCCCUACUUUCUUCUAUCUUCCUCAUUCCUAGUUCCUUUUCUUAAACCCUGAACCCUAAUUAGCGCCCCUCCCACUCCUCCCACACCAUCCCUGUUUAUUUUCUCUCUCCUCAAAAGCUCUUAUACAACAACAAUGAGACCUCCGAGAGGCGGCGGUAGUUUCAGAGGCGCUCGAGGCGGUGGAGGGCGCGGCGACCGAGGCGGUCGCGGUGGCUUCGGCGGUCGUGGCGGUCGUGGUGGCGGAUUUGGUGGUCGUGGUGGCGGUGGUUUUCGCGACGAAGGACCACCUGCGGAAGUCAUCGAAAUUUCGACGUUUGUUCAUGCGUGUGAGGGAGAAGCAGUAACGAAGCUGACACAUGAGAAAAUACCAUACUUCAAUGCUCCUAUUUACUUGCAGAAUAAAACCCAAAUUGGCAAAGUUGAAGAAAUUUUUGGUCCUAUUAAUGAAUCUCUCUUUUCUGUUAAAAUGAUGGAAGGAAUUGUUGCUACUUCAUAUUCUCCGGGAGAUAAGUUUUACAUUGACCCUGCAAAGCUUCUGCCUUUGGCCAGAUUUCUUCCACAGCCUAAGGGGGCUGCUGGUGCAAGAGGAGGUGGUCGUGGUUUCGGUGGAGGCAGGGGUGGUCGUGGUGGUCGGGGUGGUGGUGGUGGUUUUAGAGGAAGGGGUGGUCCAAGCCGUGGAAGAGGUCCUCCAAGAGGCCGUGGUGGAUUUAGGGGGGGUAGAGGAGGAAGAUAUUAGACUAUUGCUUCUCGUUGACCGGGAUUUAUCCUUCUUUAAGUACCCUUGUAUUUGUUAGUAAAUGUCUGGGAUUCUGAUAUGUAAGUGAUUUUGGUUCAGUGGAUUAUUUAGUUCUCUAGUUGCGUUCGCAUUGUUUCUUUUUAGUAGUAUAAUAUCACUAAUCACAUGUAUGAUCUCAUAUUGCUGUUGUGUUUUGAUCCUUAAUUGUCGUAUGCAUGAGAAUAUGAAGCUAGGGCUUUUUCUUCACA